CAACCAAUCCAAAGUUCUUGCUGAUAUGUUGCUGACUUGUCAGCACUGAAGUCCCCAAAACAACGAAUACCUUCGGCCACUUGACAAGCACUUCUACCAAUGAACUAUACAGAGUCAACGUGAAUCCUCGAUUUAGUUUCAGCCUUUCAGGACUCCAAGACAGAGGCGAGGAGGAACCUGAAAUGGCGGCUACAUCUUGGAAUUUCAUGGUUACUCCGACAAAGCCUUCUCUCUCGUGGAAACUCUCUUUUCUCUCUCCUUUAACUACAGUCAACGUUACCCGCCGCCAAAACAGGACGGCCAAAAGAUUUGUCGUCUUUGCCACUGUAUUUCUUGAUCCCAAGCCCACGGUCCUCGUUGCCGAAAAACUCGGAGAAGCUGGUCUCGAGCUACUGAAAACAUUUGCAAAUGUUGAUUGCUCUUACAACCUCGACCAUGAGGAGUUAUGUACUAAGAUUUCACUUUGUGAUGCGUUGAUUGUGAGAAGUGGGACUAAGGUCACCCGCGAGGUUUUUGAAAGGUCAGGCGGCAGACUUAAGGUUGUGGGUCGGGCUGGUGUUGGUAUUGAUAAUGUUGACUUGUCGGCUGCCACUGAACAUGGGUGUUUGGUGGUUAAUGCUCCCACGGCUAAUACGAUUGCAGCUGCUGAGCAUGGGAUUGCUUUGCUUACUGCUAUGGCUAGGAAUAUUGCUCAAGCUGAUGCCUCUAUUAAAUCUGGAAAGUGGCAGAGAAGCAAAUAUGUUGGGGUUUCACUUGUGGGGAAGACACUUGCUGUCAUGGGGUUUGGAAAGGUUGGUUCGGAAGUGGCACGGCGUGCCAAGGGUCUUGGCAUGCAUGUGAUUGCACAUGAUCCUUAUGCCCCAGCAGACCGUGCCCGUGCUAUAGGUGUGGAUUUGGUAUCUUUCGAAGAAGCUAUAUCGACAGCAGAUUUCAUCUCCCUACAUAUGCCUCUUACCCCUGCUACAUCAAAAAUGUUCAACGAUGACUCUUUUUCCCAGAUGAAGAAAGGAGUCCGAAUUGUCAAUGUUGCUCGUGGUGGAGUAAUCGAUGAGGAAGCUCUAGUAAGAGCUCUGGAUUCCGGGACUGUUGCUCAGGCAGCGCUUGAUGUGUUUACAGAAGAGCCCCCUUCAAAAGACAGCAAGUUGGUGCUGCAUGAAAAUGUGACUGUGACUCCUCAUCUCGGUGCUAGCACUACAGAGGCUCAGGAAGGUGUAGCCAUUGAAGUAGCAGAAGCUGUUGUUGGAGCUUUAAAGGGGCAGCUUGCUGCGACUGCUGUAAAUGCACCAAUGCUUCCUGCCGAGAUCCUGUCAGAACUUGCACCAUUUGUUACUCUGUCAGAAAAGCUUGGCAGACUGGCAGUCCAACUGGUUGCUGGUGGAAGGGGGGUGCAAUCAGUUAAGGUGACUUAUGCUUCUGCCAGAGGUCCAGAUGAUCUUGACACUCGGCUGCUUCGUGCGAUGAUUACCAAGGGUCUGAUUGAGCCUAUCUCCAGUGUUUUUAUAAACUUAGUGAAUGCUGACUUCUCUGCUAAGCAGAGAGGACUUAGGAUAACAGAAGAGCGCAUUCUGCUGGAUGGUUCACCAGAAAAUCCACUUGAGUUCAUCCAGGUUCAAAUUGCCAAUGUAGAAUCCAAAUUUUCCAUAGCAAUGUCCGACUCUGGUGAGAUUAAAGUUGAGGGAAGAGUGAAAGAUGGGAAGCCCCACCUUACAAUGGUAGGUUCAUUUGGUGUUGAUGUGAGCAUGGAAGGCAGCCUCAUACUGUGCAGACAGGUUGAUCAACCAGGUAUGGUUGGCAGUGUGGGGAGUAUCCUUGGUGAGGAGAAUGUAAAUGUGAGUUUCAUGAGUGUUGGUAGGAUCGCUCCACGAAAACAGGCUGUAAUGACCAUUGGUGUCGAUGAGGAACCCAGCAAGGAGGCGUUAAGGAGGAUCAGGGAAAUACCAGCAGUUGAAGAAAUUGUGUUUCUUAAGUUGUAGUGCUCAGAAUUCCAUCAUUCUAGAAGUAUAUUUCAUGCCCAAUUUUGGAGACACCUGUGCUGAUAGUCCAAGGUUGAUUUUUUUUUCCGACUGAUUGUUUUUGGAUCAGUUUUCAUGUUUGAUUAUGCAUUCCAAUAGCCUGGUGUUUCGUUGUAGAUUUUUUUUAUACUCUUUGUUUUCUGUCAGUUGGUCUCUUUAGCAUCACAGGUGUUUGUCACAGCUGUAUUUCGAUGUGAAUAUUCAGAAGUUACAAACUGCAGAAUGGCUGUGUUGAUUGUUUGUGCA